GAUGCCUGCAUGCGGGCUUAUUUAUGGCCUGCUCAUAUGUGUGUUAGUUUUCCGGCCGAGUCCAAGUGCUGCCUGUGUGGCUGCGUGUCCUGUUGUCAACAUGCAUAUAAUUUUUCAUUUACAGCUAAGUGUUUCUUGAUAUUACAUAAUUCUCGCAGUUUCAUAUGUUUUCUUGACGCUCGAACAGUUUUGUCGAAUCAGUACAAUGGCAAAGUUAAAAUGCAUAAAAUACUCACGUGCACUGGUAUGGAACGCGGCUUAUUGGCGUCUGAACCAUCCACUUAUGAAAAGUUCAAUUAUACACACGGCUCAACAUCAAAUGGAAAUCGUCACGCUUCUAAGCAACCGAUGCCGAUUCCCAAUUUUGAGCCCAAUCUAUUAGCAAUCACUGAGCAGGGAGCUCUCCCCAUCAUCAUUUGGAACUGUUUGCUGCGUAGGCAGCUUAUCUCGCUACUUGGUUAUUGAAAUUGUACUUGGAGUGAUUCAUUUAAUGGAGCAUGAAAUCUGGAACGUUUUCCAAACAAUCUCACAGCACUGCAAAGUGGCCGCUAAUGAUGACUCUAAUUAGUUCUUAUAAGGUGUGUGGUCAAUAACAACCGUGACAAAGGUCCAUUCUUUGAGUUGAGAAUAAGUAUCAAAAUCCUGAAUGAUUUACAGAGA